AUGGAGUCUAUCAUUUCUAUUGCUGUGUUUCAGUUAAUCUGUCCCCAAGCCAAAAUCCAUCCGACAUCCGUGCGAAUCCUUGGGGUGACUGCAAACAAAUUGCCAUUGAUUGGUGAGGUUUCAUUGAUGGUACAUUCCAAAGAACAUCGCCUUGUUCCCAUCCACUUCCUAAUUGCUAAAAGCAGUCCAUGCAAACUUGGCCUAACCGCCAUUCGUGAAUUGAACCAUCGUGUGUCGCUCCAUACAAACUUUAUGUCUAAUAUGCACACCCAUCUACAGCACAUGGUCGUGAAAUGUUCCAAUAAUACAGGAGGUAUGAACGUACAGCCGGUUAAACUGGAAGUUGAUGGUGAACCCAUUUUCCUGAAACAACGUGUAAUUCCCUACGGCCAACGUGAUGGUGUACUGCAGGCCCUUGAGAAAAUGGAGCGCGAAGGCACAAUCACACUAGUCACAUCCAGUACGUGGGCAAAGCCAAUCGUGAUCGCUAUCCAGAGUGACGGCAAAAUACUGCGAAUUUGUGGUGAUUACCGAUUAACCCUCAACCCGCGGUUGCGAAAGUGUGCGGCGACCACCAUGGAACCGGAGGAUUUCAUGAAAGCAUUGCACGGUAGCACAUGCUUCUCAAAGAUUGAUUUGGCGGAUGCAUACCUCCAGAUUUCACUCGCCCCAACCUGCCGGCAAUUCACCACUAUCAACACAUCAUGGGGACUGUAUCAAUACAACUUCCUACCGUUUGGUCUCCACACAUCCUCCGGCAUAUUCCAGGCGGCGAUUGACGAAGUCAUCCGCGGACUCGAUGGCGUGUUACCGUACCAGGACUACGUCAUUGUGUUUGGUACAACAAAGGCCGAGCAUGACGAUAGACUCCUCAAACUACUGGAGUGGUUCGCCAUAAAGAACGUGUCAAUUCGCGCUUCCAAAUGCAUGUUCAGCUCACCAGAAUUGGAAUUUUUGGGUUUCACAGUGGAUACACAACGCUGUCGCCCUGAUCCAAGUCGCUUCCGCCCAUUGACUGAACUCGAGUCACCAAGAGACCAAAACCAACUCACAUCCAUCAUGGGAUGUCCUUGA